AUGGCCGCUGAACGCACAAACGUCUCCAACGAGCUGGUCUGGCAACUGACCCGCAGCCAGAAUGCUUACCUGGUUCGCCGCAACACCGGUGGUGGUUCCCAGUUCUCCCGGGACCCCCUGAACCUGCAGAACAAGCACUCCCUCAAGUACGCCGGUUUCGCUAACAACAAGGCCAUCGGUGUCCAGGCCGCUGAGAACGGCGGUGUCACCGUUAUCGCCAAGAAGGCCUCCACCCCCCAGCAGCCCGGUCAGACCGAGAUUGUUGUCAACUACGGCCCCAAGACCUCCACCCGCAAGAUCUACAAGGGUGUUGCUACUCUCGCCGCUAAGAACGGUUACCGUGCCGAUGUCCGCGAGGAGGCCGUUGCCCGUGUCAGCGCUAUCCGCCAGUCCCAGCAGGCCAAGAAGGAUACCCCCGCCAAGAAGGCUCGUGGUGUCAAGGCCCAGGCUGUUGAGGCUUCCGAGUAA